AUGGGGGUCCCCCGCACGGAGGGGGUGUCCCCUGGGGGUGUCCCCUGGGGGUGGCGGGUCCCUGACACCCCCCGGCCGUGUCCCCGUCCUGUCCCCCCCAGGCUGGCACUUUACGUCUACGAGUACCUGCUGCACGUGGGGGCCCAGAAAUCCGCGCAGACCUUCCUGUCGGAGAUCCGAUGGGAGAAGAACAUCACUCUGGGGGAGCCCCCCGGCUUCCUGCACUCCUGGUGGUGCGUUUUUUGGGAUCUGUACUGCGCCGCCCCGGACCGCCGCGAGACCUGCGAGCAUUCCAGCGAGGCCAAAGCCUUCCAUGACUACGUGAGUGCCCGGGGGUGGGGGGUCCGCGCCGGCAGAGCCCCCCGCCCCCCGCCCCCGGGGUUCCCAGCGCUGCCAGCCCCGGAUCUGUGGGUGACCUAUUUCACGGGGCGGCGGCAGAGGGGGGGUUAAUCCCCGGGGGCUCAGCUCAGUGCCCCCCUCCCCCCGGGACCCCCGGCGUGUCCUGCUGUGCCCCGCCCCCACUGUGACCCCCCGGGGACAGGGACACCCCCAUCCCCCCCAGACCCCACCAUGGGGACAGUGAGUGUCCAGCCCUGGGGUCACUGCGGGGUUGGGGCUCAGUGGGACCCCCAGAACUGAGGGGACCCCCCAGGACAGCUCUGCGGGUUCAGCGCUGGCACAGAGCCCCCGGUGUGUCCCUGUGUCCCCGGUGUGUCCCCAGUGUGUCCCC